AUGAAGGAAAUAAAGCCCCCCUUAUCCCGAAGGCUUCUACGAAGACCAACAGAUCCUAUCAUGAGUCUUGAGUCAGGUGCUGUCGACCCUUCCGAAGUUAGCCAAUACGAACCUCCUAUUCUCUAUCCUGAACGUUCAUUAGUCGGCUCACUCCCACUUCACGAGUGUGCUCGGAGCACUUUCUCAGCGUUUGUUCCUUUCGUUGUGGAAUUGUGUGUAACACUGGUGGAGAAGUUCGGUCUAAACUGUGUUGGCAUAUACCGAGUAUCGGGAAAUAAGCUGGCGCAUGACUUCAUGGCUGCCGAACUCUGCAAGCAACUAGGGGAGAUCGAUGCAACGAAUGAAAAGUGGAAUGAUAUUCAUGCGCUAGCCUGUGUGCUCAAAACACUCCUAAGAAAUCUUCCAGAUUCUCUAAUUCCAAAGGCUAUGUAUCCCGAAUUCUUGGCUGCCUCGCGCGUAGAAUCUUGGGAGCGGAGAUUACUAUCCGUCCAGCGCCUUCUGAGCAUCAUGGAGUGUUACCCCAAACACCCUGAGUACCGAGUACACAGAACAACCCUUCGUUACCUAGCAACACACUUGGCGAGGGUCGCUUCACGUCAAUCAGUCAACCGCAUGACAGCGUAUAAUCUUGCUCUCGUUUUCGCUCCAAAUCUCAUCCAGUCGACUGAAGAUACCCCAGAACUCUUCAUGGCCGACUCAAAAUUCAAAAUCUGGCUACUGGAAACUAUAAUCAAAUAUCAUAAAUGGGUGUUCUCUCCGGACUUGGGUCUCGAAAGCGGCUGUUUCGUUCCCGAAGAUUCUGAAGAUCAGAUCCUUCUAACAGAUGAAGCCUUAGCAGAAGCAAUGGCUGCAUCGUCUGCAGGCAGUGGUCCUGAAUUCGCCAACCAACCCGGACGCUCAGAAGGUGAUGUCCGACCAGUAUUGCAGGAGAUGUUGCACGCCGCAGCUCUCUUACCCCCACCUCCCUCCACUUCUGACCUUGAGAUUGCAGAGGAGCCAGGUCCAAGUAAAGAUCGACCAACAGACGUGACAACGGUUGUUGAACAGGCUCUUGAAUCUAGCGCCGUGGAAUUCCAAGAACAGCAACAACAAGCCCAGAUGCAACGAAAUCGACCCUUCAGUCAACCGGGAGCUGACCACCGUACCCGAAAACAUGAACGGUCGCUCUCAGUUGGCCGACGCAGAGAUGAA